CAGUGAGGACCCUCAGGGGGUCAGUGAGGAGCCCCGGGGGGGUCAGUGAGGAGCCCCGGGGGGGUCAGUGAGUAGCCCGGGGAGGUCAGUGAGGAGCCCCCGGCGAUCGGAGGACCCCCGAAGGGUCGUUAAGGGACCCCGGGGGAGAUCAGUGAGGACCCCCGGGGGGGUCAGAGGGAGCCCCACGGGGUCGGAGGGAGCCCCAGAGGGAUCAGUGAAGAGCCCCGGGGGGGUCAGUGAGGACCCCCGGGAGGUCAGUGAGGACCCCCGGGGGGUCAGAGGGACCCCCAGGGGGUCGGAGGGAGCCCGGGGGGGGUCCCGCAGCCCCCGCAGGAGCAGCCCCCCCGCCAUGGCGGCCCCCCCGGCGCUGGGCGGCCCCGCGGCCCGGCCCGACCCGGUGGAGACGCUGCAGGAGGAGGCGAUCUGCGCCAUCUGCCUCGACUACUUCUCGGAGCCCGUGUCCAUCGGCUGCGGCCACAACUUCUGCCGCGCCUGCAUCUCCCGCCUCUGGGCCCGGCCCGGCGCCGACGGCACCCCGGACACCCCCGCGGGAGCCCCCCCGGGCCCCGGCGAGGACGAGGAGGAGCUGGAGGAGGAGGAGGACGAGCUGGACGUGGAGCAGGACGAGGAGGAGGAGGAGGAGGAGGAGGAGGGCGGCGUGGAGGGGGAGGAGGAGGAGGACGACGAGAUGUGGGAGGAAGAGGAGGAGGAGGAGGAGGACGCGGAGCUGUGGGAGGACCCCGAGGAGGAGGAGGACGAGGAGGAGGACGAGGAGGGAGCGGCCGCGUGGAGCGAGGGCGCGCGGGGGGGGCUCUACUUCGGCGAGGAGGACUUCGAGGACGUGAUGGAGGAGGACGUGGAGGAGGAGGGCGAGGAGGAGGAGGACGAGGAGGACGAGGAGGAGGAGGAGGAGGCCGAGGGGCGGCCCCCGCAGCGCGGCCCGGGCGCCUUCACGUGCCCGCAGUGCCGGCAGAGCUUCGGCCAGCGCAGCUUCCGCCCCAACCGCCAGCUGGCCAACAUGGUCAGCAUCAUCCGCCAGCUCCACCCGCGGCCCCAGCGCGGCCCCGGCCCCGCCGCCGCCCCGCCGCGCCCCCGCGCCCGCCCGCUCUGCCUCAAGCACCAGGAGCCCCUCAAGCUCUUCUGCGAGGUGGGCGAGGCCGCCAUCUGCGUGGUGUGCAGGGAGGCCCGCGGGCACAAACACCACAGCGUCGUGCCCCUCGACGAGGUGGUGCAGGACUGCAAGAACAAGCUGCAGAGCCACCUGGAGCCGCUGAGGAAGCAGCUGGAGACGGUGCUGAGGCAGAAAUCCAGCGAGGAGGAGAAAAUCUCCCUGCUCAGGGAUCAGAUGCAGGCGGAGCUGCAGGAGCUGGAGGCGGAUUUCGAGGUGCUGCACCGGUUCCUGGCGGCAGAGCAGGUGUCCCUGCAGCGGCAGCUCCGCGAGCGCCACGAGGCCCUGCUGGGCCGGCAGCGCCGCAACCUCAGCCUGCUGGAGGAGAGGGCGGCCGCGCUCGGCAGGCUCAUCGCAGAGGCAGAGGCUGCGGCCAGGCAGGACGGGCUCCAGCUGCUCAAGGACAUCAAAAGCACCUUCAUCAGGUGUGAGAACAUCAAAUUCCAGGAGCCCGAGAUGGUGCCCGUGGACGUGGGGAAGAAGUUCCGGAAUUGCUUCCUGCAGGACGUGGUGAUGAGGAAGAUGGAAAAGGUCUUCAGCAAAGUGCCCCAAGCCGACGUGACCCUGGACCCGUCGACGGCGCACCCGCGGCUCUGCCUGUCCCUGGACCGGCGCAGCGUCCGGCUGGGCGAGCGGCGCCCGGAGCCCCCCGGGGGCGUGCGGAGCCCCCCCGGGCGUGGGGACGGCGACCUGUGCGUGCUGGGCUGCCCCGGCUUCAGCGCCGGCCGCCACUACUGGGAGGUGGAGGUGGGCGGGCGCCGCGGCUGGGCCGUGGGCGCGGCGCGCGAGAGCGCCCGGCCCCGCCACAAGGGGGGCUCGGCCGGGCCCCCCAAGAGGGAGAUCUGGGCCGUGGGCACCACGGGCAAGAAGUACCAGGCGCUGACGGCCACCGAGCAGACGGCGCUGGCGCCGGGGGAGCAGCCGCGGCGCUUCGGCGUCUACCUGGACUACGAGCGGGGGCAGCUCUGCUUCUACAACGCCGAGAGCAUGAGCCACAUCCACACCUUCCACAUCUGCUGCCGGGAGAGGGUCUUCCCCUUCUUCAGGAUCCUGGCCAAGGGCACCCGCAUCAAGAUCUGCACCUGACAGGGCUGGGAUGGCCCCCCCGAAAUGAACCCCCCUCUCCUCAUCCCAGGACACAGCCCCCAAAAACAGCCCCCCCCGCCCAGUCCUGGGGCUGCACUCGGCGUCCGGCACCUGCUUCGCUCCCGAGAUCCCUCCUCAUCAUCCUCAUCCUCCUCCUCCUCACUGGGAUCCUGCACCGCCGCCACCCGGCUGGGAACGGGGAAGGAGCUGCCCCCUCGGGACUGGGCCGGGCUUGGAACAGGACAGGAUCCACCCUGGGACUCAUUUGGGGUUGGAAUUGGGGUGGAUCCACCUUGGGACUGAUCUGGGGUUGGAAUGGGAAUGGAUCCAGCCCUCCCAGCAGGAUCCUCCUGCCACAGUCCAGCAGCAGUUUUGGGUUGGGACGGAGCAGGAUCUGUCCCCUUGGUGCCAGUUCUGUGUUAUUGGGAUGGAUCCACCCCAUGGAGGAGGUUUGGGGUUGGAAUUGGGAUGGAUCCACCCCAUGGAGGAUGGUUUGGGGUGAGUGGGGACGGAUCCCUCUCAGAGCUGGAUCCCAGUCCAGCUCCUGGUGCUGGGAGCUGUUCCCUCCCUCUCCCAGAUCCCUCCCAGUGCCCUCCCCCCCUUCCCCAGUUGAGUUUUGGGACCCCCGGGGGGGGUCUUUGCAUUUGGGGGCAAAUCCUCUUGGAUUUGGAAACUCCUCCUUUCCCAAAAUCCGCAUUUUCAGUGCCUGGGAUUUUUGGGAUUCACCUGAGCCCCCCAUUCCCGUGGUUCCUGUUCUUCCCUUCUUCUCCCACUCCUCCCCCCUUUCCCUGCCAUUUUUGGGGGAAAUCCCGGAUUUCCCCCUCCCCUCUGGCACUUUAUGGGGGGGAGGAGCCGCUUCCCCCCCAGAGCUCCCCGAGUGGGAUAUUUAUUUUCCCCUUUUUUUUUUCCAGCCAGAUCCUUUCCCACUCGGGAGCCCCCCCCUUCCCACGUGUUUUCCUGGUUUUUGGUGGAUUUGGGAAUUCCCUGUUGGUGUUUCAGAGCUCGGUCGGGAUAUUUUUGGCUAAAAAUUGAGAAUUAAACGGAGAUUUAGUUUUAUGAGAUGUCAAUAAUUAAGAAUAAAGAAGAAGUUGUA